GACUUCUUCAGAGUUCACUUACAAAUCAGAAUUCCAGUUCUUUUCUUUUUCAUUCACUUUUUAUUAGUAACUUUACUUUUAACGUUAGUAAAAGCAGAGCUUCGGAAACUUUGAUCAUGGCGAAUCCUAAGCUCAGUCGAAUUCCAAGCUUGAGGGAGCGCGUGGAGGACACGCUAUCUGCUCAUCGUAACGAGCUUGUCUCUCUUCUCUCCAGGUACGUGGCCCAGGGAAAAGGAAUAUUGCAACCGCAUACGUUGAUCGAUGAGCUGGAUAAUAUUAUAGGCGACGAACAAGCUCGGCAGAGGCUUAGCGAUGGUCCCUUCAGCGAAGUCCUUAAAUCUGCACAGGAGGCCAUAGUUCUUCCUCCAUAUGUGGCUAUAGCAGUUCGUCCAAGGCCUGGUGUUUGGGAAUACGUACGAGUCAAUGUUCAUGACCUUAGCGUGGACCAACUAAGUGUUUCGGAAUAUCUUCGCUUCAAAGAAGCACUUGCAGAUGGGGAGGAUAGCAAAAGUUUUGUGCUUGAGCUUGAUUUUGAGCCAUUCAAUGCAUCCUUUCCGCGGCCCAACCGUUCGUCAUCUAUUGGCAACGGUGUUCAAUUCCUCAACCGUCACCUUUCUUCCAGUAUGUUCCGUAACAAAGAUUGUUUGGAGCCAUUACUUAAUUUCCUGAGAGCUCACAAAUAUAAAGGACAUGCACUGAUGUUGAAUGAUCGGAUACUAAGCAUACCUCGACUUCAAGCUGCUCUGGCUAAGGCUGAAGAUCAUCUUUCUAAGCUUCCCCCUGAUGCACCAUAUUCUGAGUUUGAAUAUGUAUUGCAAGGAAUGGGUUUUGAGAGAGGUUGGGGAGAUACUGCAGCACAUGUCCUGGAGAUGAUGCAUCUUCUCUUGGACAUCCUUCAGGCUCCUGAUCCCUCUACGUUAGAGACAUUCCUUGGAAGAGUACCAAUGGUGUUUAAUGUUGUCAUUCUGUCUCCACAUGGAUACUUCGGGCAAGCAAAUGUGUUAGGUUUGCCUGACACUGGUGGGCAGGUUGUUUAUAUUUUGGACCAAGUGCGUGCCUUAGAGAAUGAAAUGCUUCUUAGGAUACAGAGGCAAGGACUUGAUAUUACACCCAGAAUUCUUAUUGUGACCAGGUUAAUACCUGACGCAAAGGGAACCAGUUGCAAUCAGCGGCUGGAAAGAGUCAGUGGGACAGAACAUACUCAUAUUCUGCGAGUUCCAUUUAGAUCCGAAAAAGGAAUUCUUCGUAAAUGGAUAUCAAGAUUUGAUGUAUGGCCUUAUCUGGAGACUUUUGCUGAGGAUGUAGCAAGUGAAAUUGCAGCAGAGUUGCAGGGUAUUCCAGAUUUUAUUAUAGGAAACUACAGUGAUGGAAACCUUGUUGCGUCUUUGUUGGCUUACAAAAUGGGUGUUACACAGUGCACCAUUGCACAUGCAUUGGAGAAAACAAAAUACCCAGAUUCAGAUAUAUAUUGGAAAAAGUUCGACGAGAAAUAUCACUUCUCUUGUCAGUUUACUGCUGACUUGAUAGCCAUGAAUAAUGCAGAUUUUAUUAUCACCAGUACAUACCAAGAGAUUGCAGGAACGAAGAACACUGUUGGUCAGUAUGAGAGCCACACUGCCUUUACUCUUCCAGGGCUCUAUCGAGUAGUUCAUGGCAUUGAUGUUUUCGAUCCAAAGUUCAAUAUUGUUUCUCCCGGGGCAGAUAUGUGCAUUUAUUUCCCAUAUUCUGAUAAGGAAAAGAGACUUACGGCUCUUCAUGGCUCGAUAGAAGAGUUGUUGUAUGAUCCUCGGCAGAAUGAUGAACACAUCGGUACUUUGAGCGAUCGGACAAAGCCCAUAAUCUUUUCCAUGGCAAGGCUGGAUCGAGUUAAAAACAUGACCGGAUUGGUAGAGUGCUAUGGUAAGAAUACCAAGCUGAGGGAAUUAGCAAACCUGGUUAUUGUUGCUGGUUACAUUGAUGUAAAGAAGUCCAAAGACAGAGAAGAGAUAGAAGAAAUUGAAAAGAUGCAUGGCCUAAUGAAAGAGUAUCAAUUGGAUGGUCAAUUUCGUUGGAUAGUAGCCCAAACAAAUCGAGCACGCAACGGUGAGCUCUAUCGCUACAUAGCUGACACAAAAGGUAUUUUUGUACAGCCUGCCUUCUAUGAAGCCUUUGGACUUACAGUGGUGGAAGCCAUGACUUGUGGCCUUCCAACAUUUGCCACAUGCCAUGGUGGCCCUGCAGAGAUUAUUGAACAUGGUAUAUCAGGGUUCCAUAUUGAUCCAUAUCACCCUGAUCAGACUGCUGAACUCCUGGCAGAUUUCUUUCAACGUUGCAAAGAGGAUCCAAGCUACUGGACUAAAAUAUCUGAUGGAGGGCUUAAGAGAAUUUACGAAAGGUAUACUUGGAAAAUUUAUUCUGAAAGGCUGAUGACACUGGCUGGGGUGUAUAGUUUCUGGAAGUAUGUCUCAAAACUUGAGAGGCGCGAGACCCGAAGAUAUCUUGAAAUGUUCUAUAUCCUCAAGUUUCGUGAUUUGGUAAAGUCUGUUCCUUUAGCCAUUGAUGAUUAAAGCUUAAUCCCUGGCUGCUCCAGAAACCAAGGUAAACCCAAGCGACAUUUACUUCGCACGAUAAUGAUAGUAUGCAAUAUAUAAAUAAGGUUCUGGUUGAUCGCAAGGACGAAGAAUAUAUAUGUAUUGGGUCUCCUACUACCUAUGGAGCUUUUGUAUUGAACUUUUGACUUGUUUGGGAGUAAAAUCUUGUAUCAUAGCUGUUGUCAAUAAAUGACAUAAUUUCUACUGUA